AUGCCCAGCAUCUUCGCCUACCAGAGCUCGGAAGUGGACUGGUGUGAGAUCAACUUCCAGUACUCAGAGCUAGUGGCUGAGUUCUACAACACGAUCAGCAAUGUCACCUUCCUCAUCCUCGGGCCACUCAUGAUGUUCCUGAUGCACCCUUACGCCAAACAGCGCACUCUUUACGUUCACUGCAUUUGGAUCCUCUUUGUGGUCAUUGGCCUGUUCUCCACGUACUUCCACAUGACCCUGAGCUUCCUGGGGCAGCUGCUGGAUGAGCUCUCCAUCCUGUGGCUGCUGGCCAGUGGCUACUGCAUCUGGAUGCCACGCUGCUACUACCCGGCCUUCAUUCGGAAGAACAGGACCCACUUCACCUGCCUCGUCAUCCUCAUCACGGUGGUCAGCAGCUUCCUGUCCUUCCUGCGGCCCACGGUCAACGCCUACGCCCUCAACAGCAUCGCCUUCCACAUCCUCUACAUCGUAGUGCGGGAGUACAGGAAGAGCAACAGCAGGGAGCUGCGGCACAUUCUCCAGGUCAGCACGGUCCUGUGGGCGAUCUCCCUGACCAGCUGGCUCAGCGACCGGCUGCUCUGUAGCUUCUGGCAGAGAAUACAUUUCUCUUACCUCCACAGCAUCUGGCAUGUGCUCAUCUGCUUCACCUUCCCCUAUGGCACCAUGGCCAUGGUCUUGGUGGAUGCCAACUAUGAAUUGCCAGGCCAGACACUCAAAAUCCACUACUGGCCUCGGGACACAUGGCCCGUGGGGAUACCCUAUGUGGAAAUCAGGAAUGAUGACAAGAACUGCUGA